AUGAACACUGAGAAGGACUUGUAUUGCGAGCUACCACCUGUGCCCCCAAAUGGAUCAGUUCGGCUGAUUUCUGGAACGACAACCUACGGAAGCGUAGCUGUUCUUGCGUGCAACACUGGGUUCGAACCUGGCCUCCCAGAAUACAGCUACUGUGACGUUGACGGAUGGACCAACAACUGCGGAUCGCCAGUUCCUACUCCAAAAUCAAAUGUGAAGUAUGGUGAGACCAAAGUCGGCAGCAAGGCGGUAGUGGAUUGUACAACCGGAUAUGAGAUAAACGGUGCCACUGAUACGAUGAUGUGUAGACAGAACGGCACUUGGGGUCCGGAAAUCACGUGCUUUAAAACAGGAUGUCCUACCGGAGAUUUCAUGGCAGUUCCAAACGGGGCAAUAACACUUAACGUGAAAGACGUCACGGACUACGGAUCCACGGCUUUGGAAGCGUGUAACGUCGGAGCAAGUUGA